CACUGAAGGGCAGCAAGACGCAAGAGAAGAAGAGAAGACGCAAGCCAGCAUCGCAGCCUGCAGACCAUGACACCAUGAACCUUCCUCAGGAGGGCGAAGUUGUCAGUUUCAACUGAUGAUCUUGGAACUUGAAGCACUCUGGACGCUGCUGCAAGCCCAACAUAUCAGAGUUUUCCACGCUCAAUUCAAGAACUAUUGCUUAUGGUGGGCAUGCAAGAUGGCACUGCUGCACAGUAUGCAGGCGCGGGCACACAAGUCUGCCACAGAGACGCUCGCAAAGCUUUGCGUGUUCAGCUCUCGCCUGUGGCAGGAGUCGGUACUUACGGCGCUUGCAUCUGAUCAGAGGGUGGCUGCUAACAGGAACGUCGAGGGUGAAGAAAAGGCUGCUGAUACUAAAUGUGAUUCUGUGAAAGGGACACCGCUUAGAAUAUCUGGGCACUUGACUGGCUAUUUGAGAUCUCCAGUGUCAGUUGUUUGGCCAGGUGUGCACACGCUAGCUGUACCACCAGUUAUCGGCCGACAGCAGCAUGGAUACAGUACAUUUGCAGCACAAGAAGAUUCGGGACGCCCAGAAUCGCCCCCACCAGCCCUGCCACGGGACCCCUUGGCUCGGUAUGAUGCCAUGGUGGCGUCAGGGGCGCUGCAGUUUGACCCGCAGCAGCGCCAGGUGGCGGCCCAGCUGAGCGAGCUGGCGGCACAGCUAGCACUGCACCAGAAGGAGAUGGACACUUUCCAGGAAAAGCUCGACAGCUGGCUCGCAGAGCGUCAAGCUCGUUGCGAAAAGCUCAUAGAAAAAGAACGGGAGGAGCUUGAGAAGCGAAGGGCACGGAACCGCAAUGCGCCCAAGCGCGAGAACUUUAUAGCGGCAUGGUUUCGGCAGCGGCGGAGGGACAGGGAACUAGGGGUGGGGAGGGCGGUGGCGCGCUUGAACAGGGAGAAAGCACUGGACGCCCAAAUGGAGGCGAAGCCGGUGCCUCCAAAGGCGCCGGAAGGAGUGUACCUGUAUGGAGCAGUGGGCUGCGGCAAGACUCUCUUGAUGGACAUGCUUUUCGCGGCCACAGACGGGGUCGUCAAGAGUCGUCGGAGGAUACACUUCCAUGCGGCGAUGCUGGAAGUCAACAGCCGCAUGCACCAGUUGGAGCGCCAGCGCGAGACCCGCCAGUUUGAGAAGCGACUCGCCGCAGCAGCGGCCAAGGAGCGGGGCGAAUCAGAGGAGGACACGUGGCAGGACGAACAUGACGACGACUACAAGAACAUCGUCGAUCUGGUGGCGGAUGAGUACAUGGGCGUGAAGGACGAAGCGGGGCUGCUGCUGCUGUGCUUUGACGAAGUGCAGGUAACCGACCCGUUCACCGCCAUCGUGCUGGGCGGCCUCUUGGAGCGGCUGCUCGCACGUGGCGCGGUCGUGGUGGCCACCAGCAACAAGGCCCCGCGCGCGCUCAACCAGUACGGGAUGCAGGGCGAGCUGUUCGACAAGUUCGUGCGGCGGCUCGAGGACAACUGCCACGUGUUGGGCGUCGGGACGGGGGUCGACUACCGGCGCGUGCUCGCGCGCGCGGCGGGGGACCUGGUUGGGCGGCAUGAGGCAAACUACUUAUGGCCCAUCAACCCCGCUUCUCAAGCCCGGCUAGAAACUCAGUGGAGGCAACUCAUCGCCGCAGUUCCGCCCCAGUCACGCGCGGAGGGCGGUACAUUCGUUCCGGUCAUGUUUGGCCGGUCGCUCUAUGUACCGCAGUCUUACGGCGAUUUCGCCCGGUUCACAUUCCCCGAGCUGUGUUCCCAGUCCGUUGGGGCGGCCGACUACAUAGCGCUGUGUCAACGGUACCAUACCGUCGUGAUCACCGACGUACCGCAGAUGAGCAUGCGGAUACGAGAUCAGGCCCGCCGCUUCAUCACGCUUGUCGACGAGCUUUACAACCACCGGUGCCGCCUGAUCUGCACCGCGGCCGCGCCGCCCGACGAGCUGUUCCUGGGGCAGGAGGAGGGAUCGCUUAUGGACCCGGAGCUCCUGGAUAUGGAGAGCCUCCAGUUCGAAACCGAAGCGGAGGGCAGUCGGCUGCGGCGUGACGUCAUGGCCGCGGCGGGCCUGACGCCGCUCGGUGGCGGGGCGGCCGGGAAGAGAAUGUUGGAUGCGCAGUUGUCAGGACGAGAGGAGCAGUUCGCGUUCAAAAGAGCGGUUUCGAGACUUCUGGAGAUGCAAACUCCAGGGUACCUCCAGUCGCGGUCAAGUUCGACAAACUCAUCAGGUACCGUCAAAGGAGACAUGCAACUUUCUCAAGAGGCUUUAGCAUUAGAUCUGUCAGAUUUCACAAGGUGACUUGCUCGCAUCAAUACAGGUAUCAGCCAGGUAGGCCCGAGAUCAAACAAACGCCUCCCCGACUGAUACAAAGAUCAGACCAAGUUUGAUCGACAAGGCGAUAAAAUAAUCAGGGCGCGAUCUUUGUCGUUGACCGUCAGAAAUCCGAAAAGUGUGCUUAUAUUGUGCAUGUGUGCUAGCUACGUCGUUGCAAUGCAGCAUAACCAGUACUGGAGAGUUAGAUAUAUUGAAAACCCUUUUGAUUGGUGCAAGCCCGAUCGAUGUUGACCUUCAAAUUACAUCCGUCAGGUGACGGUUUGGCCUGUAUCUAGGCCGCCCAAAAUCGAAGCAGCUCCAGUUGAGUCCUGAGGAAAUUGUGAAGCUAAAAGGAAUCCUGGGAAAAUCAUUGCCGAACAUAAGGGUUCCCAGUUGACGGUGGCCGCGCAGGUGACAUGCUUAGGGAAAGUUGUUGCAUCUGCUUAGCAACCCCAUGAACGUAGCGCUGAUUUGCAUGCGGCCAAAGUAGGUUGUCAUUGCGUGUAUGCAAGUCAAUAUAGUGCAAAGUGAUCAACUUAAACGAGGGGAAUGCCCGUAGUUGAGAGCAGAGAUGCAUGUUCCACUUGUUUAUAGGUGCUGCUAAGCUUGGAGAAGAGCUUA